AUGACCAACGAGCUCUCCGCGGCUUACAUGGCUGGUCCACAGCAUGGCGGCGAGGAGAUCCCCGGUCAGGAGCGCGACCCUACACAGCUCACCGAGGAAGAGGUCCAGGCGGCCUUUGCCAAUGACCCGAUCCAGUUCGGGUUCAAGGGGAGCGACGAGCGCGUCGACUUCACCGCCUUCGCGCAUGUGCGCAAGCAGGAUCGCGAGCCGACCUCUCAGCACGCCGAGAUCUCUUACUUUAUGCGUCGCGAGCGCGAUGAUGCCACGGGCCGCUUCGUCACGCAGCUGGUGCGAAGGGAGGAUCCCUCGCCCGAUGACAAGCUCGACAGCGGCGGCACGAUCUAUGUGAUGAUCCCCGAGAUCGAGGAGAUCGAGUUCGAAUACUGGGACGCCGGUGAGGUCCGCGUCGGCACGCUCGAAGAGGUCGCCGAGGGCCGCUGGAUUCAAGAGUGGGACACGACUCGCCGCGACUUCGCCGGUCGCCUGCCUACGAGGGUCAAGAUCAAGGUCACGCUGCCGCCGCAAAACGAGCGCUCCGAGCCCGAGAUCUUCACCACGCAGGUGGUCGACCGCCCGGUGGUCUCGAAAGAGCGCGCCAGGACCAAACACCCUCGCGGCGUGGCGAUGCUGCUCGCGCUGGUGACGAUCGCGCUGAUGAGCUCUGCGGUGGUGGAGUUCGCCUACAUCUCGCGCGUGAACCUCUCGAUGGUCGCCCUGCAGAAGGAGUCUGGCGCGACCGAUGAUGACAUGGGGCAGUUGAUCAGCCGCGCGAUGCGCCGCUCGAAUUUCCAGAUCUACCAAUACGUUGAUCUGCUGAUGAAGCCGUUUCACUCCGGCAAGCUCGAGACCCCCGUGGGCGGGAUCGAUUUGGAGGAUAGCGGUGUCGAGGGCUUCGGGAACUUUACCGGCGAGUUCACCGCGACGGUGCGACCCGAGGCGGGCCGCAUCAGCAUCAAUGAUUUGGCCAAGGCCAAGAUCGACAACAACGACGUCAUCCAGUUGUGUGCGUUGUUCCUCGAUCCUCAAUACGAUGACCUGUUCUCUCGCAAGGACGAGUAUGGCGAGACGCUCGACAGGCAGGCGAUCCUCCAGAACCUGAUCGACUUCGUGGACCCUGAUCAGGAGGCGGUGCUCCUCAACGAGGAGUGCGCCAUCGAAGGUUCGGGUGGUGAUGAAGGGCGGAUUUACAGCCGCGAUGACAAGUCCAAGGUCAAGCCUCGCAACGCCUUGCUGACGCACGUCGAUGACCUCUUCCAGGUUCACGGCAUCGACCAGGCGUUCAUGGAUCAGUUUGGCAGCAAGUUCACCGUGUAUGACGUCGGGCGCCCGAACAUCAACGUGGCCGAGGCGCCCGUGUUCUACUCGGUGCUCUGCCGCAACGUGAACCUUAUGGGGAACAAGGACGUCAAGGGGUUCGGGCUCUGCGCCAGAGAGCCGCUCGUCGCCGCGCAGGUGCUCUGGUUUGCCAUGGCGCUCGAUGGGGUGAGGCAGUUCUUUGACGACCCGCUCUCGGUGUUGCUCGCGUAUGUGGGGACGCAGGAGUCCAAGCUGUUGCCCUCGGCGAAGAAGGGGCAGCCGGUGGCGUUCUUGAGCGUGGGUCAGUUCCCUCGUUACAUCGAGGACUUCAAGGCGAACCCGGCGCUGAUGGCGCAGUUUAUCCAGUACUCGCCAUUCUAUCAGCAGUUUGCAGCGCUCAACCCGGAUAUGGCGGUCGAUCCGCUGGCGCCAAAUUUCCCGCAGUGGACCAUCGACUUCGACUCGGCAGGUUUGACGCGCUCGGUGUCGACCUCUUCGCCGCAGAUUUUUAGGAUUUCGGCCUCUGGUCAGUAUGGUACGACCGAGAGCCGAAUCGAGGUCAUCGUCGAUAUGGGCAAGACGAUCCGACGCCUCCCUGACGAGCAGCAGCUCGAGGAGCAGGAGGAGGACACCGAGGAUCUGCGCGAGCUCAAGAAGUUGUUGCGCGAGGAGCGCGAGUGUGGAGAAAGCAAGAUGAUCAUCGGGCUCGACAUAGGCACCUACUCGGUCAAGGCCGUGGUGCUCGACCCAAAGAAGCGCUACCAGCUCGUGCAGUACAGCGAGCGUCGCCUCGAGGCGAUCGCCAAGGCUGCCGCUGCGUCAGCGCCUGCAAGUCAGGGACCUCCCCCCACGCCCGAUGACGCCGUCCACGAGGAUGGCCCGACGGAGUGGGCCGAGCCGGAGGAAGACACCGGCGAGUGGGAUGCUCCGUCAGAAGAUGGCGAGGAGGCUGGCGAGCAGGAAGAGCCUGCGCCAGCCGAAGAGGCUGGCGCUCCGCUCGAGGAUGAGAAGCUCUGGUUGAUGGCCGUGCAGCGCAUCAUGGGCGACCUCCCGCAAUCGGACACGAUCAUCACCUCGCUCCCCUGGGGCAAGUCGGUGACGAUGAGCAUGGAGGUCCCCUUCGGUGAUCGCGCGCAGGUCGAGAAGAUCCUCCCGCCGCAGCUCGACAACAGGUUGCCGUUUGCCACAAGGGAUGUCUCCUACGACUUCUUCAUCCAGAGCGAGGAAGAGAAGCACCAGGCGUAUGUCGGCUUUGCCAGAAAGCGCGAGCUCGGCGAGUUCCUCGAGGAUCUGAGCGGCGUGGGCGUGAACCCCAUGAUCGUGGGCGUCCCCGAGAUGAUGCUCCGUUACGUGGCCGAGAAUGGCCGCGUGGUGCUCACGCGCGCGAUGAAUAUUGGCGGCGCCGAUGUCACGCGCGCCAUCGCCGAGAUCUUCCAGUGUUCUGAGGAAGAGGCCGCGCCAGUCAAGCACGCGCAGGCCGCGAUCCUCGGCGUCGGCGAGGCUCAGGACCCCGCAAGAGAGGCUUUGAGCAAGGCUGUGGUCAGCGCGCUCGAGCCAUUGGUUCGAGAUCUGCGCCGUUCGUUCAAGUCGUUGUAUGCAAAGGAUCGCGUCGAGCUCGAGAAGAUCUAUAUCACGGGUGGCGCGAGCCGCGUGGGGAACCUGACGGGAUACCUCACGCGAGAGUUCGGCGGCGUGCCAGUAAGCGCGUUGAAGAUCGACGAGGAAAUCUCCCCAGAGCAACCGCUCGGGGAUGACGCGCUGACCAAGAUGCCGCUCGCCUAUGGCCACGCGCUCCAGCAGUACAGGGAUCGCACGCGCCAGCGUUUGCUCGACCUCCGGCAGGGAGAGUUCGCUUACCGCGGGCGCUCGAGUUAUCUGCGCGCGCAGCUCACGAGGCUCGCGGCGGCGGCGGCGGUGUUGCUCGUGUUGUUGGCGGGCGUGCUCUUUAUGAAGAAGCGCGACCUGAACGCGCAGCGCGAUGCGAUGCGCGCGGCGGUGAGCAAGGAGACCAAGAAGGUCUUCGGUUCGCCGGUGUGGCGCGCGGCUGACAUCAAAUCGAGGGCCGAGAGCGAGGAGGAGGGCGAGGGCGGCUUCGUGCCAAAGAUGAGCGCCUACGAGGUGUUCUACCAGCUCUCGGACAAGCUCUCUGCGGACACGCAGCUCGAGCUCUCGCGCAUCGAGGUCGAUUCGGAUCGCAAUCUCAUCCAGGUCUAUGGCAAGACGAACACGCCACAGGCCGUGGAUAAGAUCGUGAACGAUCUCGAGAAGCUCGAGUGCCUCAAGUCGAUCAAGAAAGACAAGCUCCAGCAGUCCUCGGGCGGCGUCAAGCAAGCCUGGGAGAACCUGACCGACCGCGAGCGGAAGCUGUUGAUCUUGAUGAUCUGCAACUUCCUGUUUCUGGGGUUGGCCGGGUCGAUCUACCUCUUCAACAAGUCCUUGAGUGAGACCGAAGAGGAGAUCUCGCGCUACGAGAAGACGCUCGACGCGCUCGGGGUAUCGACCCAAGUACCUGAGGCAACGGCGAGCGCGGUCGACAUCAAGGUCGACAACUACGAUGAGGAUUCGCUCAAGCUGUCGACCAAGGACUCGACCGGGCCGAUCAUCACCGAGCAGCAGCUUCGCGUGGAUAUUCGCGAGGCCGAGAUGGAGAAACUGCUCAAGCUCCUCGACAGGAUCGAGAAGAGCAAGGAGCCGGUCGUGAUCAAGCGCAUCAACCUGCGCGACGUGCGCAACAAGAAGGGCUUCGUGAUCCCUCUCUAUGGUCUGUUCACGCUGGUGGUCUUCCUGGCCGCGCUGGUGCUGACGUUUCCAGACGAGCGGGUCAAGCAAAUCGUGAUCGUGCAAGCGGAGCAGGCGCUCAACGCCGGCAAGCGCGCCGACGCCGGAGACAGGAUCUGGGAGGUGCGCAUCGAUGACCUCGACCUGUGGUGGUUCACCGGCAUCGAACUCGAGAACGUGCGCCUCAAAGAGAAGUGGACCGAGGAGAAGAAGGCGCGCGUCGAGGCUGAGGUCGCCGAGGGCGCGCCUCCGCAGGAGCCGCUCACGGUCACGAUCCCCCGCGUCGCCGGUCGCGUCUCGAUCCUCAAGUCGAUCAUCAACCUCGGGCUCGGCGCCCAGUAUGAUGUGGACUUCGAGGACGGUGGCCUGAUCAGCGGUGAGUUCGUGCAGAACUCCGAUGGCGGUCGCUUCACGGCGAACUUUGCCGAUGUGGACAUGUACAAGGCGUCGAUUCUUCAGAGCGUCACGGGCGUGCCUGGGUUUGGCACGCUGGAGGGCGACGUCGAGAUCGAGAUCGAUCCGAAGACGCGCCGACCUGUCGCUGGAAACAUCGACUUGAAAGGAAAGAAGCUCACGGUCGGGCCAGCCACGGUCAAGACCGAGAUGCUCCCCUCGAUGGCCUACCUCGAGGUUCCCCAGACGAACUUCGGGACGUUCGUCCUCAAGGCCAACAUCGUCAAGGACAAGGGCGCGCAGAACCCGAGCCUCGAGUUCGACGAGUUCAGCGCCAAGGGCCGCGAUGUGCGCAUGGAGGUCUGGGGGGAUGUCGAACUCUCCAGGGUGUUCGCGCGCGGGAUGGCAAACGUCAGCAUGCGCCUGCAGUUUGACGCCGAGUUCGUCAAGGAGAACAGCCUGAGCCCGAUCCUCAACAUCCAGCUCUUCCGCUCUGGCAAGUCUUCGGAUGAUUGGUACGGCAUCGCGUUCACCGGGCUUAUCGGCAAGAUGAAGCCAAAGGGCUCCGUGGCCGCCGCGCGUGGUCCGAGCACUAAGGGUGCCAAGGGCGCCACGAACAAGGCUGGUGCCAAAAAGGCUGCUCCCACCACCAAGGGAAAGACCACCAGGAAGAACGUCCGACCCAAGCGCACGCCCAAGGCGCUCAAGUAG